CGAGCAUAUCUUGCACUUGGUGAACUUCUUGUAUCAUCAUGAGUAAAGAAUGGUUAUUAUUAUGACUGCAGAGUAGUGAGGUUACUGAUAAAGUGCAACCGUUUUUGGUGAUGAAAUUCCCUUCUAGAUACACACUAUCCCUUCUUUCUGAAUUCCACACUUUAUUCAAAUUUCGUUCUUUAUUGAACUGCCGCUUCCCAUUCAAUCUACCCUGCCUCUGUCUCGGUCACUCGCAGCUCGUCCAUGUCGGAUUCCGUCUCUUAACAAGCAGUAUUCCUCCUGCUACUGUUACCUGAGAUGUCCUUGCAGUGGGCUAUUAAUUCAAGGCACCGCCUUUUAAUAUCUGACCUGGGCUGACCUGGCUUAGUAGCACUAUUUGUCUUGCUGGCGUUCCUAUAUCAUUUGGAUGUCUUCUCCAUGUAAACAGAUCAUACUGGUUCGGAGUGGUCAAAUUCGAUCAUCCGGGUCAGCAGACGGAGCCUUGAUGUUUGCCGCAUCUCGUUCCGUUGUUGGGCUUUCUCUACAUGCCCCCGGGCCGCCUCAGGGUCACGCACCGAUCAGCAAUUCCAGAUGUGACACUGUGUACCCGGGAAAAUGAGACCUGACGCGCCUGGGGAGCGAGUCAGCAUCUUUGGUGAUUACCACAAUGUCAUCUUGGUAUCUUGACACCACCAGGUGCUCAAUGUGGAUCGACAAACUGUGUUUGUCACGUCCGGCGACUCGAAUGUCGGCAACUUCUUGCAGAACUAGAUUUCUGCUUAAAGAACGCCGCUCAGACGCUCUCGGGGUUGAUACUAGGGCAGUAUCCAAUGUUCUAGGAGCUAAGCCGGGCUGUUUGACGAUUAGAUACGCUCGUUCGUUGUUGGAGCGGAGUUUCGGAUAGUAUUGAUCUAUUAAGACUUCCGAAUUGCAUAAUACAAAGCUGCUUUGCACUAAAUGCUCUUAUCAAAGAAAUCUUCUGAAUGUAGUCUGUUCCGCGGACCUUUCGCGCGUUUGAUGGAGUCCAGUUCGCGAUAGCAAAUGUGUUAUCGUGAUUGGGUG